CUCAUUCUCCAUUAUCUGUUGAGCAGAAAGGAUAUCGAGUGCUAGAUAAAAAGUCUUUUUUAAUUAUUGAAUGUUCUAUUUGUUGUAAAAUUGUGUCUUUGUGUCGAAAUAGUUAUUUUUAAAUACCCACCAAAAUGUCCACGAAGAACGCGCUAAACCUGUCCAAGGCGGAACAGGACCGCCAAACGGUGCAAACCCGGUACGAAAAGAUGAAGACCGACUACGCCAAGGGCCUGAGCGCGUUCGACAAGGACCUCAAGGCGCGCCUCGAAGCUGCCGAGCAGCGCCGCUUGGCCGCCCUCAAACAGAAGGUCCCGAUGGCCCACAAGUGCCCCACGACCGGGGAGUGCCAAGAGUGCGAAGAAAAGCAGCGCAAGCUGAAGGCGACCAUGAAAGCGAUGUCCAAGGCACAACCGAAGGCGGCGUUCAAGAAGAAGACCCUGAACAGGCAGCUGUCGCGAAGUGCGGACGACGUGAGUCUGAUUCUGACCGAGGAACACACCAUGAAGGCCAGCUCGCGUCAGUACGCUCGCGGCGGCGGAAAGGACACCAUGGAGCAAAAGUCGAUCAAGAGUGCCAAGUUCUCGGUGAAGAACACCGGCGGCCACGAGGACAGCAUCUACGCGAAGGUCACCUCGUCCAUUGCGGAGUGGAUGGGCAUCAAGGGCAAACCGGCAGAACCCGCUGCUCCCGCGCUUCCUCCGGCAGGAACCGCCAAGGAUGCAAUCUGUUCGACGCCGGCGUCCAACGCCGUGAAGAUCGUUCCGGCGGCGCCGAUUCAACCUCGCGACGGGUACGUCAAGGACACGGCGGCCAAGUAUCUGAAGAUUAGCGAGGCCCAGUCGGCGUCGUCGGUUACGCCCAAGGGAAGCCCCUCGAUGUCGGAGGUCAUCAUGCCGCGCACGCUGAACGGGAAGAUGACGGUGACGAUGCAGCAGAGCGCGACGGCGCGUCAGGGCGCUUCCUCGGUGGUGACCAAGAAGGGGACUACCAAGGACACCGUCAGUUCGCGACAGAAGGACGAGAAGCAGGUUCGAGUGGUGUUCAACUAGUCGACGGGGGAUCGAUACGGACGGCGCAGACGGCGUGGUGUUCGCGGAAUGAAAUGCUGAUUUUAUGCGGUGUGGAUUUGGCGAGAAUUUAUUUUUAGUUGUAAAUUUUUAUAGGAAGAAUGUUUUCGUUAAUUUUAAAUUGAUUGCAGAGUUUUAUAAAGUUUUAUACCAUGAUAAAUAUACAGUUGACAGUUUGAAACUUA